UGCGGUCUCGCUGGGAGUGCAGCAGACAUCAUGUGACGGAGGAGUGGCCAAAAGAAAAAAUCAGGAAGCACAACGACGCAAGAAACAAGUCACGAGAAAGCUUUCAUCAUGGCCUACCAGGCUGGGAUUCCAGAGGAGCCCAGUGUUUUGGUUAACCAGAUCAGCUCCAACAUCCAGAAGAUCACACUGCUGACCUCCGAGCUGCAAAGGGCAAUCUCUGUGCUGGGAACUGAACAGGACAGCAGCCAGCUACUACAGACGAUUCAACAGAAGCAGCAACAAGGUAACCACUUGGCAAAGGAGACUGACCGACUGAUGAAAGCUUUUACUGCACUCCCAGUCGGACCUGAUCAGCGUCAGAGAAAGAUACAGAGAGAGCGCCUGCUGAACGACUUCUCCGCUGCUCUGAACAGCUUUCAAAAGUCGCAGCGAGAAGCCGCCAGCAAAGAGAAGGAGUUUGUGGCCAGAGUCAGAGCCAGCUCCAGACUGUCUCAGGGUGGUCAGCCUGAAGACAGCUUUCGAAAUGUUCCUCCUAUACCGAGUGAUUCCCAGAUACAGGUUCAGGCUGACGCUGUCACUGAAGAAGAUCUGAGACUGAUCCAGGAGAGAGAAUCAGCUCUAAGGCAGCUGGAGUCUGACAUCGUAGACAUAAAUGACAUCUUCAAGGACCUGGGUAUGAUGGUCCACGAGCAAGGAGACAUGAUAGAUAGCAUAGAAGCCAACGUGGAGAAUACCGAGACCAAUAUCCAGAAAGGGGUGCACCAGCUGGCCCGAGCUGCAGGCCACCAGCAAAGCUCCCGGAAGAAGAUUUGCAUUAUAUUGAUAGUGUUGGUUGUUGUUGCUGUUGUAGUAGGACUAAUCAUCUGGGGCUCCCUCAAAGCCUGAGGGCUUCCUCCUCCUCCUCCUGUGUUUAUCACCAUGGACCAAGAAUGAAAUUUCAUUCUUAAUCUUUUUCUUCUUCAAAAACUGACAGAGGGGAAAAAGAUUGAAACACCGUCUGUCUUUUUUUUUUUUUUUUUUAAAUCAAUUAUGUUUUUAAGAUAUUGUAGUCCUCAAUGUCAGGACUACAACCUUGUUUGCUGUGAAGCAAAUCUAGCUCUGGUAGCUUUAUUGUCAUGAUCAGUGUCUGAUUUAGGCAUGGUUUCCUCUGAAAUGGAAGACUUAUCAGAUGAAAGAGGCGAGUAUUCGUGUUUAGUGGCAGUCAUUGUUGUUGAGUACGUCCUGCCCUAGCAAUGUGGAGUCGCUCCAAUAAAUUGAAUGUACACAGUACACACAAUGCUCCUGGGUGCAAUAAGCAGCAUGUUGGUAGGGGAUGCUGCUGCAGCUGCCUCUUUUUGUCUGGUUACAUAUCGUUAGCUUCAUAGCAUAAGUGCCUAAGUCAUUUUUUGGUCAAAUUGAGAUUUUUGCCUAACUUUACUCCCCUACCACUGCUGCAUCAUCCUGUCCGUCUGAAACACAAAACACAUAAAAAUGACUUAGGCACUUAUGCUAUGAAGCUAACGAUAUGCAAAAUCCACAUACUAUAAGUUUCUCAGCAAUAAAACAAUGAAGUGCAGUAUGUAAAUUAAGUGGAAAUGAACAAGCGCUAGGUGUGGGUUGCAGUAAAAUGUAGCCAAACUACAGUCAGAAUAUUUAAAGCCUCUGAGGGGCAACAGUGUUUUUAUCUGUUGUUUCCAAUAUUUCAAAUUAUUAGAUUUUUAUUCAGUCUUAUGUAUAACAAAAAUAAAAGCAAGUGCAACUUUAAUCUUGCUGUUAAGAUGUUAGACUACACUCCAAAUAAUAAGGGGAAGGGUUUGUUAUUAUGAGACCAAUUCUGGAAAAAUGGCAGCGCUGUGUAAAAUGUAAGUAAAAGCAGAAUGCAGUGAACACAGAAAACGUAGCCAACCAUGAAAAAAUGUUUUACCCAGCGUCCCAUUUUUUUUUUUUCUUCUUCCAAUAAUCAUGUUUGUACAUUCAGUAGGGGACUUAUUUCUUUUAGCUUGUCAGGGAAAUCCUUUUGAUUUCACUGCCUGUCACACAAAGGAUUGAAGUAAAAUAUUCACAGUAAAUAGUGGCAAGUCAAGUAAUACACAGUGAGAGCAUUUGUAGGUUAUUUGGCAUUCACUUGUGGUUCUCAGGAAAAGGCAUCUAAUUGAGCAAAUUACGUAAGAGCUGAAGGAAAGUUGUCAUUAUUUUCUGUGAGAACUCUCUUAUCCCUUGUUUUUAAAAACAAAUAAUUAGACGACCGAUCUUAAACCAAAAUAUACUAAUGCAAAGUAUCCUAAGUUACCUUGUAUUAGUUAACACUAACACUGUUGUUGUCAUGCUUCUGUAUUUGAACCCGAUGGAAAAUUAUGUGUGUGUGCGUGCGAACUGUCUUCUAUUUGCUAAAUAAAAAUUCAGAAUCUGAA